AUAAUCUAAAACGAAAGUAAACUAUAUACAAAUCGAAAGUAAAUUGUACUUUUAAAAAUGGGUAAGGGAUUGAGCACGUGUAGUUACAAAAUAGACCACGGAUAUUCCACAAGCAGCAGGAGAAUCGAACACGCAGAAAACAUAGAAUUGCAACGUUUUUCGCGUCAUCACAAAUCUAGGGAUGUCGAGCAUUUGCAAGCGCGGCUGAUUGAGUAUGAAGAGGAAAUAUCGAAGUUGAAAGAAAAAGAACAACAAUAUACGUUGCAACGGAAGCAAUUUCAAAACGAAAUAUCGAGGUUGAAACAAAAAUCGGACGAUUGGUACGCUGCUUGUGCUGAGGAAAUGGAGAGAAGCGGAUGUAUGGAGAAUACCAACGAUGUGCACAAUAACAGUCAGCUGGCUGACCGGUUCGACGGCAAGGUCAAGAACUUGUGGCUGGACCUGUGUGACCUUAUAUCCCAUGACCAUCCAAACUUUUCAGAGCUAGAUCGAUUAAAAAUAUUGUCUUGUAUUACUAAGUUCGUGUAUCAGCAAUGUUCUCGUAAAGCUGAGGAGGCCGUUCAAAGUUUGACAUUUGGAAAUGUCGACACAGUCACGAAAAAGGAGCUUAACAUACUUCUUGCCGUCAGAAAAAGAGCAGGUCAAGUGGAAAGAACUAGGGAUUCUAUUGUGCAGGAAAUAUACGACAAGACAAUGAAAACUGAGCAUGUAAAGAAUAUAGUGAAGACUAAGCAUUCUGAACUUACGUCUACUUUAACAAAUUUCAUAAAAGAACUUGCGGAUGUGUGUUGGUUGAUGUCGAUCUCGCAACCAGUAUUGUCCCUUAAUUUUGAGUUUCAGGCUUCAAUGAGGGAAAAGUUUGUAGAGUAUGCCGCGGAAGUUACGCCAGCUGUCAAUGUAAAGCUAAAAACCGGGGAUGUGUUGUUGGUCGUACGACCAUCGGUAGAAUAUAAAGACGCAAGUGGAUAUUUAAAGAAAGGGGAAGUACUUGUAGUUCCUAAAUGUGUGGAAACGAUCGUUUAAAAUAGAAAUUGAUUUUUUUUUGCGUUUCUGUGAUAUUGUGAUAAAAAGAAACUUGUCAAAAUAUAUACGGUAUUGUACAUAUUAAGCCAUUGAUUAUUUUAGUUUGUGUCAAUACUUUUAUCAAUAUUGUUAAGAGCAUUACACAAAUCAAUAUUAUGAUUCUAAUGCUUUAAUAGAAAGAAUAAUAUUACAGUAGAUGAUACAAGAUAAGUAUUGAUGCAGAGCGUCAAAGGGCGUCGGGAAUUUCAGUGUAAAUGGCACUCAAUCAGGUUACAUAGAACGAUUUAUUUCUACUGUUAAUAUUAAUAUAUUGGCCGAUUAUUUUAAACAAAAUAGAAAAAGAUAAUGGUAUAACCAUUAUCUAUGAUUUUGUGUUAUAACCCCCAAAUAACCAUCAUCUAUGAUGUUGUGCUAUAACUCCUCAAUAACCAUUAUCUAGGAUUUUGUGCUGUAACCCCCAAAUAUUACAUAGUUUAUUUUAUUUACAUUGGUUUCCUUUUUUUACUGGCAUCCGUGUGCAGUUUUCUUAAUGGAACAGAACUGUGUAGGUUUUAAAAAAUCUGCUCCACCUUGUAAGCGUAAUUUCAUAUUUUUCUCAACUUCAAGGGAAGAUGAUUCUGAACUUAUUCUUACGAUGCUCAUUUACGAUAGGGCUUGAGUACUCAUUGAUAUGAAAACACUGUAAAAGUUUUAAUGUGUUUACGAACCCACCCACCCUCUCACACAUAAAUUUCAUGGGCAUAAUAAAAACAAAAAAUGGUUACAAUAAAACAGCAUAUUUAUUUAAACUAAAAUGUCUACAUCAACAGAGUUAACAUAGUACACAAAUACAAUAAUUUGAUUCUACUGGGGCUCGAACCUUGGGCCUCUCACAUGUGAAGCGAGCGUGUAACCACUACACUACGGAACCGCUUGAAAAAUCAACUAACUAAGAUAUUAAUAAGUGACUGUAGUGUAACGGUUAUCAAUAAAGCAAUAAACCGUGUAAUCGCUGUCGUCUUGUAAAAUUGAAGAAAAUACGCGUUAACCAAAACUCAAACAUCAAACGUCUGCGCUAUUAUUAGAAAAACCACAAAAUAAAUAUAUUUUGAUUAUGUUUUAUUUUUAUACAAAACCAUAAAGUUUCACCGGUUCGCGUAUUUGCCCAGUCCCAGUGAUCUUUUAUUAUUGCCCAGUCCCUGUGAUCAGUUAUUAAUUAAAAGAAUUUACUUUGCAUUAUUGGCAAUAAAUGUUGUAGUAAUUGUAAUAGGCACAAAUGCAGUACGUAUUUACUCUAAAUUACAAACAAAAAAUCACCACUAUGCAAGAUAUUCUGACAAAAAAAAUAUAUACAUUGAUCCGUAAAAUAACUUCUCCUCCCAUAAGCGAAAAAAAACAACGUAUUACAUACUAGUCGCCGCAC